CAUUUUCUGGGCAGGUGGAGGAGGAGCUGCAGGAGCAGGAGUUCCUGGACCGCUGCUUCCAGGAGAUGCUGGAGGAGGAGGACCAGGACUGGUUCAUCCCCGCGCGGGACCUGCCCCAGGCCAUGGGGCAGCUGCAGCAGCAGCUCCACGGGCUCUCGGUCAGCGACGGCCGCGCGUCGGAGGACAUCCUG